GAGUGGGAGUUUGCUCCAAACUUUGUUUAUGGGACAGUCCGGGAUCCGCGGCGGCCGCGCUGUCUGCUUCUCCGCUUCUCCGCGGAGCGCGAGCGCCUGAGGCCAGUUCGGGGGAUGUGAGAGCCGAAGCCUCUCGGCUGCCAGACACCGAGUAGGGUCGGGAUUUGCCAGCCGGGCCCCAGCUCCAGCCCUGCAAGCUCGGGACGCAGCCGAGCGACCCAGGCCCAACGGCGAGUUCGGGCGGGACGGCGGCCACCGCACGCCCAGACUCGGAUUCGCUGCGCGUCCAGCAGAAGAUGAAUCCGGCUUCGGCGCCCCCUCCGCUCCCGCCACCCGGGCAGCAAGUGAUCCACGUCACUCAAGACCUAGACACGGACCUCGAAGCCCUCUUCAACUCGGUGAUGAACCCCAAGCCCAGCUCGUGGCGGAAGAAGAUCCUGCCCGAAUCGUUCUUCAAGGAGCCUGACUCCGGCUCGCACUCGCGCCAGUCGAGCACCGACUCGUCCGGCGGCCACCCGGGGCCCCGACUGGCCGGCGGCGCCCAGCACGUCCGCUCGCACUCGUCGCCCGCGUCCCUGCAGCUGGGCACGGGCGCGGGCGCUGCGGUCAGCCCCGCGCAGCAGCACGCACAUCUCCGUCAGCAGUCCUACGACGUGACCGACGAGCUACCGCUGCCCCCGGGCUGGGAGAUGACCUUUACGGCCACUGGUCAGAGGUACUUCCUCAAUCACAUAGAAAAAAUCACCACAUGGCAAGACCCUAGGAAGGCGAUGAAUCAGCCCCUGAAUCAUAUGAACCUCCACCCAGCUGCCACUUCCACACCAGCGCCCCAGAGGUCCAUGGCCGUGUCUCAGCCGAAUCUUGUGAUGAAUCACCAACACCAGCAGCAGAUGGCACCCAGUUCCCUGAGCCAGCAGAACCAUCCCCCUCAGAACCCAUCAGCGGGGCUCAUGAGUAUGCCCAAUGCACUGACCACCCAACAGCAGCAGCAGCAGAAGCUUCGGCUUCAGAGGAUCCAGAUGGAGAGAGAGAGGAUUAGGAUGCGCCAGGAGGAGCUCAUGAGGCAGGAAGCCGCCCUCUGUAGACAGCUCCCCAUGGAGGCCGAGACUCUAGCCACGGUUCAGGCUGCUGUCAACCCUCCUGCCAUGACCCCAGACAUGAGAUCCAUCACUAAUAAUAGCUCGGAUCCUUUCCUCAAUGGGGGGCCGUACCAUUCGAGGGAGCAGAGCACCGACAGUGGCCUGGGGCUGGGGUGCUACAGCGUCCCCACGACUCCAGAGGACUUCCUCAGCAACGUGGAUGAGAUGGACACAGGAGAAAACACAGGACAGACACCCAUGAAUAUCAACCCUCAGCAGACCCGUUUCCCUGAUUUUCUUGACUGUCUUCCAGGAACAAACGUUGAUCUAGGAACUUUGGAAUCUGAAGAUCUGAUCCCCCUCUUCACUGAUGUAGAAUCUGCUCUGAACAAAAGUGAGCCUUUUCUAACCUGGCUGUAAUUAAUAACAUUGUAGCUUGGAUGCAGCCAUGACCUGACAUUUCCUGGGCCUCUUGGAAAAAGCGAUGGAGCAGAGCAAGGUGGCAGGUGAGCUACCUCCUGCCUCCAUCACACAUGCUCCCUCCUUUCCUUGUGGCCAGUUUAGUAAUUGCCUGGAUUUGAUUGGCAGUCACUUAAGUUAAACAUGAAUAAACUUCAUUCUAUUUCUGUUUUCUGCAAGCCUGCAUUCCUGUGAUGGGUUGUGCAGCAGAAUUGAUUAUGCAGAAUUGCUUCUUUGUUUUCCUCUCUGCUGCCCCAUGACCAAGCUUUAUGGGUGUUAGCUGAAAUUUAUACAUCAAUUGAUUAUAAACCAUGAAAAACUGAUGACCACAGGCAGUGACUUUUGACAGGUGGCUCGGUCCAGGAAAUGUACACAAAACUCGACCUGAUUUACAGUUUCAAAAACUGUAUUGAUGACAUUAGUACCAAAUGCUUUAAAGAAUAUUUAACUUGAGCUUUAAAAAUCAUUGUACUGAUAGUAAAAUUCUGCUGUUUGGAAUACAAUGUAGUUUUCAAUUCAUGCAGGUUCUGAUGGCUCUUAUUACCUGUAUUCUCAAAGGCACACAGAGUCCUAUUGUGUAUCCUUCUUCCUUUUACUGCACAGCAUCUAGACAACUAUCCUUCUAACAGGAGAGUGGCAAUGGCAUUCGUUACAGUUCCUACACCAAGAUCUCAUGAAAGAGAAAGAGACCAGUUUGGUACUAAUUAUGAACAUUUAUUAAACAAAAGGUUUUUAAAUGACAAGUUGGAUUUUUAAGAAAAUUGCAGCUUAGAAUUUGAUGUCUAUUUUAUGAAGCACUAUCAUUUGGUGACUGAUGACAAAUUUCAGCCAAAUGUUUUUGAUAAAUCAGUGGCAACUAUGUUUUUGUCCUUUGAAACUGUUCUGAAAACAUCAGUACCACAUAGCUUUCAACUUGAUGGCAUACAGUGAGCUGUUGCUUUUAAAAUUCUGAAGCCUUGUUGGCUUUUCUUCUUUCAAGAUUUCUAGGGUUUAAAAUAAUCUUAUCUAUGAAGCUGUUUGAAGGAUGAAGCAGAUCUCUGACUGACGGGUCAAAAAAUGCCCCCUGAGGGUGUAUGGUGGAGACCCUUAGUGUUUCCGAAGUCACUAAAGUUGAUUCCUAGGUGUAUUAUCCUAAUCCUGUUUGCUACAGUUGGUAUAGAAAGGCAUGAAAUAUGUACUCAGUACCUCUUAUGUAACCAAAACCAUUUUUUUUGUUUGUUUUUUAUUAGCUUUUAAGGACUGAGAGAGAGCAUCGGGUUCGCCUGGCAUGCACUCUGCCUGCAUUGCCAAUGAAGUCCUCAAUUGUUUAAUAUUUUGAACUGACAUUAUUUAUAAUCUAUGAAUUUAAUAUCUUUUUCGAGAGACAUUAAUAAUGCAGGUCUCUGAGAGGAACCUUUCCAUUCCCAAAGGGGCUUAUUUGCUGGGGAUCUGAGAUCCUUUUUGAUCUACCAAAAGACAGACAGGCAGAAUACAUCUUAUCUUGUUGGAAUGAAGGCAAGUGUAAAGGUCAGAGAUGAAGUAGUAACGUUAGGGAAUACAGUGGAAAGGCUACUAGGUGUGAGAUGGAAAUAGACAAGCUAUGGUGCCCCAAAAGCAAAAGGAGAAGGAGGUGUGAGGUGCCCCCAAAGAACAAAGCAGUGAUUUUCUCCUACAACUUUUGUACCAAAAGACUGUUGUAGAAGAAAAGAAGGCUUCGGUGCACUUUAUGUGGGAGAAGGAGGCACAGCGCUCGUGUUGCCCUGUCCACGCUGAUGUUAAGUGAGUAGGCGGAUGAGAGCUUAAACCUACUGUUGCUUCCAACACAAUGAAGUGACUUUUAUCCCCUGAAGGACCCAUGGUUUCUCUUCCUCUGAUUCCAUCUCUUUUUCAAAACGCUCUGAGAGAUGAGGGUAGAUGUUUCUAUUGCUACUAUAUUGAAGGGAGCACUAUUUCUUUUUCUCUUCUGUUAGCAAUAAUUGCAAAAAGCAUUGUACAUUCUUUCUAAGAAAAAGCAAAAAAAGAAAAAAAAGACUCAAAAACAAGGGACCUAGUAAAACGGAGCAGUGUUACUGUAUUUUUAAAAAAUAUUUUUAUAGAUUCAUUUUCAGGUAAUUAAACAUUAAAGAAACAAUUAUCCCUCCUUUUUUUAAGUAGUUAAAACAUUGAUGAUUUGUAUUAUCAAUUUUUAGAAAUAAUUUCCUAGUAAGCUUGUGGCAUUAGAAAACACUAGAAGAAUUUUUUUUUAGUGAAAUUAGUUGGAACAUUUAUUAAUGAACAUAACAAUUAUUUUUCCAGAAUUAGACACAGAUCCUGACUACAUGUUUACUAAUAAAUGAAGCCAGAUCUAAUUUUUGUUGUUAUUUUUAAGGCCAUAUUAUAUGGCCUUUGUUAAAGAACACUAAAGCUAGAAAUCUAGAAACAACAUUUUAAAGGUUCUUUCCUAUUAUUGUAAGUGUUAAAACCCCUGCAGAAUUCAUGAUAAGGUGCUAUUUAUACUAUAUUUCUGAUUAUAAAAUGACUGCCAAAUAUCGUGUCUUUUUAGUCCUAAGUCAAUCAGUAGAUUUCAACAUUUCAUCCAGGUUAAAAAUGGAAAAAUAAUUUCAGAAAUCUUUCUUUUAAGGUAUUUUCUUUCCCUGAUAAAACACGUUUCCUUGAAGCAAAUACAUUGUCAAGACCUAUUUGCAAUUCUGUUAAAUCUAAGUAAUUAUUAGUGUUUCACCAUAGAAUUUAGGAUGUGAUAUGCCUUUCUUUCGCUGAUUAUACAAUAUAAGUAAAAACAGAGUAAAACAGUUAGUGUGCUGGGGGUGUUACUGACUCCAGCUUGGCAGAAAAUCUCUCUGGAGAAGAAGGUGAUCAGGAGUGAGAGAGUUUUGCUAAUGACAAGUGAUGUUCUCAUAACAGAAAGCAACUUCCAGAAGUGCAACUUUUAUGACAAACAAAAGCUGUUAAAAGGAAAUUGUAGAUUAAUUUAAUUGGGAAAGUAGGUGAUCAACAGAGACUGUUUCCCUAACACACUACAUCAUUUAUGUGUUCAUAUUUUAACUUUAAAAAAAAUUAUUUCUACAUUUUGUAAUAUGAUAUAUGUGUGUUUAUUUUUAAUUCAAAUUGCUAUGCAUACAGAGAAUAUGCAGAAAAAUCAAUCAGAUCAAACUAUUUUACCCGGAGUUUGGUACUGGUUUUUACUUCUCUGAUUCUGUAUAAGAAAAAUAAAUACAAUUGAAUUUCCACUUGGA